AUGCUCUUCAAAUCAGUUCAACGCGUUUCCUCCAAGACUGUCCGUUUAACCAAGCGAUUCACCUCUUAUCAAACUGGUAGUGAAGGUGCUACUGCCUCUUCUGGUUCUUUUGGUAAAAAGGAAAAGGCCAUUGAAAACCAAUGGGCCCGUUCUCAUGAUGCCGAUAAGAUCAAGCUCCUCCGUGAAGCCUUGGCUAAGCAAGAAAAGGAUACUGCUGCUCUCAAGAAGGAUCUCGAGGCUUUGCAAAAGAAGCACGAAUCCAAGUAA